GCGCUGGGUCAAUACAUGUGAGAGAAUCUAUUGUAAAACAAAAUAAAAUAAAAGUCCCGCCAGUUGAGGAAAGAUGGUAAUUGUGUGCUAUAGGCUUGCCCUUGGAUUUUAAUUCACGUUCACAGUGGAGUAAGAGUGAUAUACCAGUUGCUUGUUUUUGCAUUUGUUUAAUGGGAAUGCAGAUUUCAACUCUUUUAUUUUUUAUUUAAACUGAGCUAAGAUUGGUAAUUCCUGCAACAUAUUCAGAAUGAAGACGAGGGGAAGGAUUUAUAGAUAUGUGGGAGAAGUGAUUACCAAGGUAAGUGAGCAGCCUCUAAAUGAGACCAUGUCUGGUAAACCUGACAAGACUGCUGGUGAAGCUUCAGAUGCUGCAAAGUCUGGUACCCCAGCAGAAUCUGAAAAGGGUCAAGGAGAUUGCCAAGACAAAGCACCUGUUUCGCUUCUGAAGUCGUCGGACGACAAAGCCUCAGACAGCGAUGGUGAACAGAGUCAGAGACGGCGGCCAAUUAGAAAAGGUGUCACGAAGGUUGCUGGUGAUGGCUCAAAGAGUGGAGAUGAAGGCAGAGAGAAAACAGAAGCAGAAGGAAUCAUAAAGGCAACUCCAAGUUUGGUACAAGAUGUGGCGCAGGAUGGCUCAGGAGCGCCAGUGGAAGUAGUGAAUGGUGAAGCUAGUCCAGCAGUACAAAGAGCACCAUUACAGGAGAUAACAAUAGAUACAGAUGCCAGAAACAAGGUUGCAGAAAAGCUGAUGUUGUCUAUGACGAGUCCAGGAAGAAUCAUGAAAGCCAGGAAGUCAUUCCCAUCAAAAAAGGCAAGAGGAUUGAGUGCCAAUGAUGAUCUUGAUGAUGAUGAUGAAGACAGUAUUGAAGAGUAUGUAGCCCUUUCUGAUCAGGCUGAGAGCGAAGAUGCCUUUGAGAUGGUUCCUGGCAGAAUAGAUAUGCCAGAUAUGAGUACCAGUAGUGACACAGCAGGUGAUGAACGAAGUACUCUGAGUGAACCAGAAGGCAGUUUAGGCUCAGAGAGUAGUUCUUCAGUGCCUUCAACAAAUUCAGGUAAAUCCAACAGAAAAGUAGUGCCUGCUGACAAACAAAGCGGUAAAAAAUCUGCGAAUGCUAAAGCAAAAAAUCAGAGGUCUCAUCCUGAAAGAGUGGUGCAACUACAUGUUGGUGGAGAAGAGGCCAUGGACACUGGAGCUGCAAACAGGAGAACCAUUGUAAACACAGCAGGAGCAGUUGACCUACUUUCUGCAGGCACUUCAAAAGCCUCUGUCAAAGCUAGUGCCAGAGACCCAGGACACGUUCCAGAGCAGCCUGAUCAAGAGCAGAUGCAAAUGCAAUCAGCCAGUGAGCCGGUAGCUGGGACCGCAGCAGAGUCGCAGCUUCCACUAUCUGGUACCUCUACCCCUGUAGCAGACUUUCCAGUUGGGAAUGCAGGGUCGAUGAUUCCAGAUAGCACUGCAAUUGCCAAAGGGAUGCCGGUUAAGAGAAGCACAAGACAACGUAAGCCAACUCACUUUGGACAACAUGUAAGGAGGAAGAGGUCGAAAAAUGUUUCAGACUCUGAUUCUACUGAUCAUCAAUCGGAGGGUAGUGUAGAUGCUGCAAGGUUCAAGAAGGUCCGUCGCUCAAAUGGUAUUGAAAAUACUGGGGCAGAACAUAGCUAUGCACGAAGAGAUAAGCAAGGUCCGGUUGCAUUGACCCUCCCUGAUUCUGCAGGAGAUUACUCAAAACGUGGGUUGGAACCACCUCUGUGUUGCUGCAAGAUGGAACAGGCGAGGCCUGCCACUGUGGUGGCCACAACCUGUGAGGCUUUAGAAGUUGUCAAAGGAAAUAUUGCUGUGUGUGGGAACAAGGUGGAGUCAAUGACAGUUUUAAGACCAUCAACAAGAAUCCCAUACAGAGCACUUUGUCCUGAUCACAGAGUGAAGAUGAUUGAACAUAAAUGCUGCCCAGGAUGUGGAUGUUUCUGUUCAACGGGUACAGUCAUGUCUUGCACCAUCGAGAAGAUCCACCAUACAUUCCACAAAGAGUGCAUCCGAGAGAUCGAAGGCACCCUCUACUGUCCACACUGCGGCGACGACGCGACCUUCGCCAAGGAGAUCAAACUCCCCAUCACCCCUGAGCUGGAGAAGAUGAAGACUUUACCAGGGUCGGUCCUCCUCAGCUACGGACAGAUCAAGCUUCCGAGGGCACUCCUGGAGACCCUAACCGGGAUCUCGGGGUCGGUUCUUAGUACUACACCAAGGGGUGAAGGUGGAGAGGCUGUUGCUGGUGGUGCCAAAGAAAAAAGUUCUAUGAGAGCAAGGAUUUCAUCAAGUAAGAAAUCUCAAGGAGAAGCUACAGAGAAUGGCGUUGCAGAAGAAAGUCAGGAGAAUACAAAGAAAUUUACACUUAAAAAUGGCAUUGUUAUUACUACAGCCUCACUGCCAGCUGGUCCCUCCAAGGACACCCUAGAGAAGGCUUUGGACUUCUUAGAUCCCAUCAAUCCAAGGAGACAGAGGUUUCAUCCAAAGAAUCUCUACAUGGCCUCAACAAAUGGGGAGAUGGACAAAGUCUUACAAAUGCUUAGUGAAGGAUUUGAUCCCAACUAUCGGUUCCCCACCCAUAACCUUGAAACACCUCUCCAUGGCGCUGCUUCUAAAGGUCACCUUGAUAUCAUUUGUCUUCUACUUCAAUCUGGUGCUAACAUUGAUGCUGUAGAUGCAAAUCUAGCUACUCCUGUGCAUUCUGCAGCUGAUAACUCUCAUCUCACUUGUGUUCAGUACUUGGUCACCUGUGGUGCAAAUGUAAAUCAUAAGGAUGAUGAAGGGUCAACAGUUCUUCACAUAUCCACCAAGAAUGGUAAUAUGGAGAUGCUUGGCUACCUCCUCACUCUCAAUAAGAUUGAUCUUAAUUUACAGGAUAAUGGUGGUUGGACGCCAGUAAUCUGGGGUGCUGAUUACAAGAAUGCUGUCUCAGUCAGGUAUCUACUAGAACAUGGAGCUGAUCCAUUUGUCAGGGAUAAGGAGCAGAAUAUUGGUCUACAUUGGGCUGCAUACUCAGGCUGCCAAGACGUGAUGGAAGUGUUCUUGAAUAAUAACAAAGACAACACAGACCAUCUCAAUGCUCUCAACGUUCAUGGAGACACUCCAUUGCAUAUAUCAGCAAGGGAAAAUCACUAUGGAUGUGCCAUGCAGCUGUUAGUACGUCAUGCCGAUGUGACAAUCAAGAACAAUGAGAAUGAGCUUGCCCUGGAUUGCUCUAAACCAAAGUCCGAUGUCUACCUUGCCAUCCAAGCUAAUAUCCGAAUGAAGAUGGCCAUUAAGAGGAGAAACAUUCGAUCAGAGGUCAUCUUGUCAAGAGACAUAGCUCACGGCCUCGAGAACAUUCCUAUCCCUGUCGUGAACUCGGUCAACGAUGAUGGCGUCCCAACGGAUUUCCUUUACGUCAAGGACAACUGUGAGACGUCGAGACUGAACAUUGACAGGAGUAUCAAACACAUGCAGGGUUGUAGCUGUGCUGAUGACUGCUUCAGUGAAGCGUGUGCCUGUAGUAGAAGUAGUGUUAGGUGCUGGUAUGAUAAGGAUGGACGUCUGAUGCCAGACUUCAACUACCAGGAGCCUCCUAUGAUCUUUGAAUGUAACAGAUCGUGCAGGUGCUGGACGAACUGCCGCAACCGCGUCGUCCAGAAGGGUCUCAGGAAACAUAUGCAGGUGUUCCGUAGUCCAGCGAUGGGAUGGGCUGUGCGGGUCAUGCAGGACGUCCCGAGGGGAUCUUUUAUAUGCGAGUAUGCAGGAGAGCUUUUAUCAGAUGCCGAUGCUGACCAAAGACAAGAUGAUUCCUACCUCUUUGACCUUGAUAAUAGGGAAGGUGAUGUGUACUGCAUCGAUGCCCGUUUCUAUGGUAACGUUAGCCGCUUCAUCAACCAUCGAUGCGAUCCUAACAUAGUUCCAGUCCGAGUGUAUAUUGAACAUCAGGAUCUCCGUUUCCCGAGGAUUGCUUUCUUUGCUUCCAAGGACAUCAGGGCUUAUGAGGAGUUAGGGUGAGUUCAAGCAUUCUUUAUUGUGUGAACAAAUGGUGGUGGUGGUGGUGUUGGUGGUAGUGGUGGUGGUUUUGGUGGUGGUGGUGUUGAUGAUGAUGAUGAUGAUAUUUUAGAUGGUGAUGAUAAAUUCAAAUUGUUUAUUCUAAUUAAAAGAGAAAAAUCCAUCAAGCAUAACACUGAAAAUUUUAUCAAAAUUGGUUGUAAAAUAAGAAAGUUAUGACAUUUUUAAAGUUGAAUUAAGAAGACUAUUCCAAAUAUUGAGAUAUUUACAUUAAUAGCAACCUUACAACCCCCCAAACACUAAUAGGUGAUUCGACCCCCCAUUUUCUUUUUUCAAAAUAGUGAAUUUGAACGAUUUAUCCCUACCCAUUUUCCCUGAGUUCGCUCCUGCAAUGCCUACCGAGACGGGUGUUCUUUGAGUGUGACGUCACCGGGGGGUAUUCGGUCCCGGUGUCGUAAACAAAGCAGUGCCGUUUUGUGUACUAUGCACGUACUCCUUCAUAUGGAAUAACUGCAGUUGAAGUUGUAUCUGCGAGCCAUAGAACUUGCAAAGAGGAAAUGAUUAAAAUAUUUGUGGCCGUACUAUUAUUCCAAAUAUGUGAAUUCCCUCAGAAUGAUACCAUAGACCCUAAAGGAAUAAUUUCAAGGUGAAUAAUAUUAAAUUUGAUCGAGAUCUUCUCACCAGUCGAUAACGUAGCAGACGUGUUAUUAUGACAUAUUUAUCCGCGUGUGACGCGGCUCUUGCAAAAAAACACAGUUGGUUGCGGAAUUGCUUUGUGCCGACCGGCCGCCCGCUCCGGCGCAGCUAGCUGUCGAGCGACCGUACCGUUCUUGUUGUCUUCAACCAUAGAGAUGUAUACUAAUUACUAUAUAUAUCUUUCUGUCUUCAACUCACUUGCGAAUUGCGUUUGUAUGUGUGACGGUGACCCCUAGCGUAAUUAAAUAUAGAAAACAACUCAGAAGGCCGAGAAAGAAUACUAUACGUUUGGUUCAAGAUUGUUCUGUGGAAUGAGCUAUGAGUGGAAAUGAUCCAGAGGAUAUAAAAGUGGAGUC